CUCUCUCUCUCUCUCUCUCUCUCUCUCUCUCUCUCUCUCUCUCUCUCUCUCUCUCUCUCUCUCUCUCUCUCACACACACACACACACACACACACACACACACACACCACCCCUCACUCCUGGCACAGAGAAGACAGGACCACUGGAGAGACCAUACACACCUCCGCCUCCUCCUCCAGUCACUCACCCAGCCAUCGCCAGACGCUAAGCCCAAGGAUGUGGACUUUGCUCUUGGGGGUCACCUUAGGAUUACUGGCCUCUUCCAGGUCGGAACCGGCUCAAGUGAAAUCUCGUAGCUGCAGCCAUGCCGGAGUGUUCCACGUGGAAGGACCAGAUCGCUACUCAUUGACCUUGGAUCUGGCCAAGAAGCUAUGUGAAAGCCUGGGAAUCACCAUUGCUAGCAGGGAACAGGUCAUCGAGGCUCAUGCCAAUGGCCUAGAGACCUGCAGAUAUGGUUGGAUCAGCAACGGAAGCACCACCAUCCUCAGACAAAAGGCUCAUGUUAACUGUGCCAACAACACGACGGGGGUCUUCUUCCAUCAAGUCUCUCCGGAAAAACCCUUUGAUGCCUUCUGUUUCAAUGCAUCAGAGUUGGCUGACAAGAACUGUGAUGCGGCCAUCAACCCUGAUUCAACAGGACCAGAGAGUGUUCAGGUGACAGAUGCUGCAGAUGAGGCCACAGGCCCUGAGGAUGGAGCCCAGCCGGAGACCACCAUCAACUCCGAGCCUGACACCCAGGACACCACCUCCGCCCCUGGAGAAAAGAGAGCAGAGAGCACCACUGAGGUAAUGGAAGCAUUGGACACAGACCAGCCUGCACCCACUGAGGCCAGCCAAGUAAAGUCAACAGCAUGGGCUGAGGGUUAUGCUUCAGAGGGGGCAGCCACAGAAAGCCUUGGCAUAGGAAUGACGGUUGAGGGGAAUGGGACCCAGAAAGCCAGCCCCACUGAGCACCCUGGGGUGGUGGUCACUGAGAUGGAAGAAACCACUGUGUCUGGAAUGUUGCCUUCUGGCACAGAUGAGGAGGGGGCCUCUUCUAUGGCACCAUCUGUUAAAGAGCCAGGAGAACCACGGGGCCGGGCCAGAGAGGAGGAUUUACAGGAGAAGGAGGUGGAGGUAGGAGCCUCCAUGCAGCCCAUUCCUAAUGGGAAGAUGAAUCCAGGUAUGGGAGCAGAGCCUACUCCAGCUGGGAAGGAGAUCAGUAGCACACCCAAUUGGCUGAUCAUUGUGGGAGUGCUUGUGGCACUGGUUGCUAUUCUCCUCACGUGUUUUGUUGUGGUCAAGUAUAAGAGCUGGUGCGGUCAGCAGCAGACCCUGAUGAUCACCAACAAGGAUGGGAAUGAGGGUAACGGUGCGGCGGCGUCAGUGGCUAGCUCCCGCGCCCAGGAGAGAGAGCAGGAGAUGGUGACCCUGAUGAAUAAAGAGAAGAUCCAGGAAAACGGAAACAAGGAGGAGUUCACCGCCAUCACACUGGAGGAGUCUCCAGAGAAAGAACAGCUAGCGUGAGAGAGUAGAGGAGACAGGGAGACAGGGAGACUGUGUGUGAGUGAGUGAGUGAGUGAGUGAGAGAGAGAGAGAGAGAGAGAGAGAGAGAGAGAGAGAGAGAGAGAGAGAGAGAGAGAGAGAGAGAGAGAGAGAGAGAGAGAGAGAGAGAAUAAUAGCUAUGGGGGUCAUGACACUGGGGCAGGACUAGAGAUAGGCUGGGUGGGAUGGAGACGGACACUCUGGUACCAACCAGACGGACACGCUGAACAUACCAGCUGGGAUUGGGGUUGGUGCUUUUAAAUGGAAGUGGUGGGUAAUGCUGUAUUGAUUCUGUUUGUUGUUUUAUUCUGGUGAGUAUGGCUGGUUUGCCCCACCUACUUUUUACUAAGGUACAACAUCUGGACCGACCCUUUCCCUGUCUGUCAGAUGAGCUAGAUAGUCCCUUAAAACCAAGAGGAGCAAAAUUAUGCUUUAUAGCUUCCUAUGUCACAGUGGUUAGAAUGGGAUAAUUUUCAACAGCAGGGGUGUCAACCAGGCUUCUAGAAAGAACACAGAGAUACACACCUGUUGAUAUUCACCCCUGCCUUUCAAUCAGGGUCUAAUCUAAAUCUGAGAAAAUCAUACUGGUUUCUCUAGCCAACAGGUAACAUUAAUAAAACAUUUGAGUGCCAGGUUGAAAUGCACCCUGCAGACCCUGGAUAACUGGAGGUUGACAAUGACAACCCUGAUCUAAAGCCUGAUGUAUGUUUUGCUCUAAGUGGAGAUGUUGAAGGUGUGUGUGUGUGUGUGUGUGUGUGUGUGUGUGUGUGUGUGUGUGUGUGUGUGUGUGUGUGUGUGUGUGUGUGUGUGUGUGUGUGUGUGUGUGUGUGUGUGUGUGUGUGUGUGUGUGUG